AUGUUCACUCUCGCAGCCGUCCUCGUCGGGGCCCUUGCGAAGCGUCAAGCCCCCUUUGCAAGUGUUCAACUGCCAUGGAAUGCAGGAGAGGUGACCGAGUUCCGUAUUCACAACAGCUGCAACGCAUCACAAGAAUACCAGCUCCGACAAGGCUUGAAUGAGGCCAUUGAGCUCGCUCAGCAUGCCAAGGACCACAUGAACCGUUGGGGCAACGAGAGUAGCAUCUACCGCAAGUACUUUGGCAAUGCUCCCACUGCGGAAGCAAUCGGAGCCCUCGACGUUGUCGUGAAUGGGAACAAAGCAAGCUCCAUCUUCCGUUGCGACGAUCCAGAUGGGAACUGCGCGUUGAUGCCAACGUGGGCUGGUCACCAUCGUGGUAGUAACGCCUCGCACGAGACCGUCAUAUGCCCGACUUCAUUCUUCGAACGUCGUCCCCUCUCCACCUUGUGCGCACGAGGCUACAACGUUCGCCAAUCCUCUCGUGUCGUCUUCUGGGCCUCGGAUCUCCUCCACCGCAUGUACCAUUUGCCAGAGAUUGGACAAGGUCACAUCGACCACUUUGCCGAAGGCUAUGAAGGCAUCCUCGAGGCUGCAGCCAGCGGUAGCCCGAACGUCACCCGCGACUCUGAUGGCCUGCAGUAUUUUGCUCUUGAGGCUUAUGCAUACGACAUCAUCGCGCCAGGCGUGGGUUGCCCCGGUCCCUCUGGCCCACCGAGCAGUACUACUUCUUCUUCUUCAGCAGCAGCACCAACAACUCCUACUGCGACCGCCUCGACCACCGCCUCGACCAAUGGCCCGACCACUGCCAGUACAUCUACUCCUGCAGCUGCUGCCGAUACCAGUAUACCAGACAAUUGUCACGCACACGCUGACGGCUCACUGCACUGUACUUAA